AUGUCUAAUCAAAUAUCUGGAAAAGAGCUAGCAAGAACAUUGGACAAAUUGUUGGCAUUGGGCUCGAAAACUUCUACUUCUCAUCACCACCCUAUUCCUUUGAAAAACUCUUCCUAUAAUAAUAACAACUAUUCUUCUGUAAUUAAAAAUUUUACUCCUAGUAGUCGUAUUAAUGGCAUAUACACCCCCCUACAGACCAGACCGGCUUCUCCUUAUACUUUACAUGCUCCUAUUGAUUUUGAUGGUCUAUCAUGGCCAAGUAUCGGAGCCAGAGAAAUCAAAGAAGAGUCGUCAGAUGAGGCUAAACUCAGAGAGCAACGAAUUGCAAAUUCAAUCAAAGAUAUCCUAAAAGAACUAGGUGAAGAUGUCGAUAGAGAGGGUCUAUUGGAAACUCCUGAAAGAUAUGCCAGGGCAAUGUUAUUUUUCACCAAAGGUUACCAAGACGACAUUAGAGACGUUAUUAAAAGAGCAGUAUUUGAGGAGGAUCACGAUGAAAUGGUGGUUGUGAAGGAUAUUGACAUCUACUCUCUUUGCGAACAUCAUUUGGUCCCAUUUUUUGGGAAAUGUCAUAUUGCCUAUAUUCCAAACAAGAAAGUUUUGGGUUUGUCCAAGCUAGCAAGACUAGCUGAAAUGUACUCAAGAAGAUUCCAGGUUCAGGAAAGAUUAACUAAACAAAUUGCGAUGGCUGUCAGCGAGAUCUUAAAGCCAUUAGGUGUAGCUGUUGUUAUUGAAUGCACCCAUAUGUGUAUGGUUAGUAGAGGAGUUCAAAAAACAGGCUCUUCAACAACCACCAGUUGCAUGUUGGGCUGUUUUAGAGGCCAACAAAAAACUAGGGACGAGUUUCUUACUCUCCUCAACAGAAGAUAG